AUUUAGGGAGAGGCGUCCUUACCACCAGACAAGACUUUCCCCUUGUGUUGAACAGAAUCCACUGUAAGCAUCAUGGACGCUGCCAGUAAAGCUGUUUUCAACUUCUCAUGCGACCUGUUGAAAGAACUUAUGAAAACUGAACAAGACAAAAAUAUAUUUUUUUCACCACUCGGCAUAGCUACAAUGUUGAAGAUGGCAAUGAUUGGCGCAGGUGGAAAUACUAAAUCUGAAAUCGAAAAGGUUCUUCAUAUUAGUGAAGAAUGUCCAACAAAGGACUGUGAAGGACUCCCCGAAAGCAUCAAAAAACUUCUGUCAAAUAAGACUGGCAAAAAGUAUGAACUGCAGGUUGUAAACGGAUUUUUUGGAGAAAAGUCAAUUACAUUUCUAGAUCAAUAUUUGCAGCUUUUAAAAAAGGAUUUCAAUGCAGAGCUCAACCCUACUGACUUCAAGCAUAAUGCAGAAGCAGAAACACAAAAAAUAAAUGAAUGGGUCAAAUGUGUAACAAAUGGUAAAAUAAUUGACCUGUUUGCUAAAGGCUCAUUUAAUGAAUCAGCAGUUUUGGCCUUAGUAAAUGCAAUGUACUUUAAGGGUCAGUGGGCCAUCAAGUUCAAUCCAGAAAAUACAAAAGAAGGAAUUUUCAAUGUGAACAAGAAUGAAAAGAAGACCAUUCAGAUGAUGUCGCACAGUGGGAAGUUCAAGCAUGCUGUCCAGCCAGAGAUAAAGUGCAAGAUUCUGAUGCUUCCAUAUCAAGAAGACCUCAGUUUGAUCAUAGUGUUGCCAGAUGACAUUGAAGGAAUACAUGAGGUAGUGCCAAAGUUAACACCUGAAUUACUGACCACCUUGGCCCAACCAGGAAACCUAAAAGAGACAGAUGUUGAUGUGCAAUUCCCAAAAUUCCAACUGGAAGGAAAUUAUGAUCUGAAAUCACAGCUCACGGAAUUGGGAAUGAAAGAGGUGUUCCAAGAAAAUGCUGACUUUUCAGGAAUGUCGGAUGCAAAGGGCUUAGUUUUAUCAUGUGUAGCCCACAAAUGCUGUAUUGAUGUGAAUGAAGAGGGUACUGAAGCAGCUGCUGCCACUGGUGGUGCAAUAAGUGCUACAAGUGCUUAUGUACCUGAACCAUUUAUUGUAGACCAUCCCUUCAUGUUUUGUUUAGUACAGAACACAGAUUUCCUUAUCUUAUUCAAAGGAGUUGUUUUCUCUCCAUGA